CGGAGCGGAGCGGGCGGCGGGGGAAGAUGGAAGGAGCCUCCUUCGGAGCGGGCCGGGCCGGGGGGGCCAUCGACCCCGUGGAUUUCCUAAAGCAGCCGCAGACCAUCCUCCGUGUGACGGCCUGGAUCUUCUCCAUCGUAGUGUUUGGCUCCAUCGUGAACGAGUGCUACGUGAACAAGGACAGCCAGAACCCCGACCUGCUCUGCAUCUUCAAUGAGAAUGAGAGUGCCUGCAGUUACGGCAUUGCCGUUGGCAUCAUUGCCUUCUUUGGCUGUAUCUUCUUCUUUGUCGUGGACCUCUACUUCCAGCAGAUCAGCAGCGUGAAGGACCGCAAACGGGUCGUCCUGCUGGACCUUGGCUUUUCAGGUUUCUUGUCCUUCCUGUGGUUUGUAGCCUUCUGCUUCCUAACAAACCAGUGGCAAUUGACGACAAUGAGCAAAGGGGUCUCGCAAGGAGCAGACGCUGCCCGGGCAGCAAUCACCUUCUCCUUCUUCUCCAUCAUCGUCUGGGUCGCGCUGGCGGUGAAGGCGCUGCAGAGAUACCGCCUGGGGACAGACAUGUCGCUCUUUACCACCGAUCAGUUCGCCACCGACCCCAACGCGGCGUACCCCGGCUACCCCACCGCCGCCAGCGGCAUCGAGAGCACAGAGACCUACCAGAGCCCCCCCUUCACCGAGACCUUAGACACCAACCCGAAAGGUUACCAAGUGCCAGCGUACUGAGGGGCGAGGGCCGCGUACCAACAGACCGAGUCCUACGGUGCAGUACACUUAACCGGUUGAUUGCAAAUGUAUUCAGUCCCAUUUCCUUAAUGUGGCAAGUCAGUGCUGGGUUCCUUACUAUUAGCUAGUUGUGCAGUGAAUUCUGUACAGUGGUAUUGGUUCUUGUCUUACCUGUCCAAGGGUUUUAUAAAAGCAGUGUUCCCUCUAAGUCAGAAGGAAGGAAGGUUGCUACCAGAUCACCUACACGUGGCGAAAGAUGAAUAAAUGCUCUCUCUGAGGCUUGACACCGGGCGAUCGGCGUUGGGCUCUGCUGAGCGCCCGGGAAAGCCCAGAAUACCUUUUACCUGUUAGAAAACGUGGUAGCUGAGGAGUUGCUAUUUAUCUCGUUCUUCCAGAGCUAACACAGAAUCGGUCUCGUGGUGGCAAGGGUGGGUGGGCGGCGCUGGGGGGUUUGGCCCCGUGCCGCUCCCGCUGCAGAGCUUUCCUGUACGCGUUCCAUGGAAAGUGCCAAAUUCACAAAGAAAUAAGCGGCGUCUGUGUUACUUUUAUUUGUAUAUAUUUACUGUAUUAAAAACAAAAAUCCAAAUAGGCGGUUCAAACUUAGCUUAGGGGCAUGGGGGGGCAGAGCGGGUUGGGGUUUGUGCUGAAUAUCCAAGUCGCUUCGACGUUUCCACGCGGUUCUGGUUGAGGAUGUAAAAAGUUACUGUUUGGAACUGGAAACCAGUUCAGCAAUAGUUGGCUGCUGAUUAGGAACAGCCUUUUAUCAGCGGAAAGUACGGCGCGUUGCAGUUCCACUUCUUCACCGAGGGGUUGGGAAGGUUUGCAGAUUUACUAGUUUCUGGUUGGCAGCACCGAACGCUUACUCGCACUCAAACCCAGAGCUACCAGCCCCGGAGGGGCGGGUGUCUCAGCGACUCAAAGUCCAGGUCAAUUAGAAGUGGCGCUGAACUUGUACUUUUAUACUGGGAGCAGCCACCAUCUGUCGUCAGCUGCAGCAGAACCUCAGGGGUGAAUGUACCCUGCGGUCGCUAGAAAUGAGGAAUUCAGAGAAUUGGAAAGACUUUACAGGCCUUUGGAGUCCAUCGAUCGGGGACGCAUGGCCCCGUGUUUGCAAAUACUGGGAGAAGAGAGUGAAUGAAAAAUGCCUGGGAAAGAGGCCGAGUUUUGGUUUUCAGCUGCAAAACUCCAGGUGCAAAAUCCAGUAGAUCCUAUUCGGCGACCUGCCUGCCUUCCCCGCGCGCCUGCCGGCGCGGUGGCUGCGCGCUGAGCUGUUUGUCCCUAGGGACUGAGCAAAGGAGCUGAAACUUGAAUUCCCGACCACCUUGGUGGCAGCUCCAUCCUUAGAGGCCCCCGACUCUCCCAGCUCCCGGGGUUUCGCCUUGCUGGUUUUACGCCGGCAAAAGUUGCGCGCUGCCUUCUGACCUCGUGACAAGCAAUAGUUACCGCACUGCCCCAGCUCUCCUUGUAGCAAAAACAUCCAGCAGGUUUGGUUUUUUUUUGUCGUCAUUAACACAGCUCAUUUCUGCUGCUAAAUUGCAAAUAAAUGCAUUAAUUAAUAAGCAGCAAAUCUCAUCUCGAGCAGUCAUUAUGAGCGACAAAGUGCAUUACUGGAAUCCCCUGCUAUUCAGGCCAGGUUGAAAUGUGCGUUUGCAGCGAAGGCUGGCUUUGCCGGAGCUGAGCUCCUCCCGCUCGCCCGGCCGCACCGGAGCCACCGGAGCUGCGCCGGGAUUUUUCAGGCAGCAUUUCCCAACUGGGACGCUUGUCCCGCGCCGCCGCAGCCUCCCCGCGCAGCGCGGCGGCACCGAGACCUGGCGUCCCACCGCGGCGGUCCCCGCCACGGGCUUUCCCAACAGCGGCAGCGGAGGAGACCUCUGCCUCUGGGCGCCUUUGCACCCACUUCGAGGUCCAAACGCUAUCGGGGCAGGUAACGCUCAGCCCCGCUGCCCGGCCCUGCUGCCCGCGGCGGAGGCAGGAGCACGAGCAGGAGGAUGCCGCGCUGCUUUAUCGGGGUGUCGCUUGCUCGGCAGAUGCGAGGAGCAAGGAAGAGGUGACCAAGGGUCAUCUGCCAGUGGCCGGUGCCAGCAGGGCUUGGGGAACAGUGAGACAUCCUUGCGUUAAGUAGAGCAGGGAGACCCAAACCCCAGUGCGGUAUCAGCCUCGAUUAAUUACGUGACCCGUGGCUUUUUCUAGAGUCAGUCUUGCUGGGAAAAAAAAAAAGGCAAAGGAUUUUAAUACAGGGUACGGUAGAACUGUAGCAAUAUUUUCCUUAGAGGGAACACUGAAAUUUUAGCAGCACAAACAGUACUUGUGUUAAUAUUUUAGCAAAAUUAUAAUCAAUUUAAAUGUUUAAAUUGAUUGUAUGUGAGAUAAUGUUUGUUCAGUACAUUGUAUUUUUUCUAACUAUAUAACUGUUCCAGAGUUUCCUUGUAACCGUAAAGAACUAAAGCUCUGUCUGACUGCGGGAUGUGUCCUGACCCCCGGUGUAACCAUGCUGAAUAUUACAACAUCUGAAUGUACGCA